AUGACUACGUACACGGUGACUCUGAAUGGCCCCGCUCCGUGGGGCUUCAGACUACAGGGAGGAAAGGACUUCAACAUGCCACUCACCAUCUCCAGGAUAACUCCAGGCAGCAAGGCCGUGGGCGGCAGCUUGUCCCAGGGCGACAUCAUCUCAGCCAUCGAUGGGGUCAGCACUGAGGGGAUGACGCACAUGGAUGCCCAAAACAAGAUCAAGUCUGGCUCCACCAAGCUGUCACUCACCAUGCAAAAAUCAAAGCGUGCUGCAGCAUUUUCCACAGCAACUCCAAGGAUGGACUCCCCCAUGUCAGUCAUCCCCCACCAGAAGGUUAUCGCAAACACAUCUGCAAAUGUGGAGUACACUCCCAGCUUCAACCCCACUGCCCUGAAAGACUCGGCCCUGUCCACUCACAAACCCAUUGAGGUGAGGGGUCCGGGGGGGAAGGCCACCAUUGUUCACGCUCAGUACAACACACCGAUCAGCAUGUACUCACAGGACGCCAUCAUGGACGCCAUUGCAGGGCAGUCGCAGGCCAAAGGACACGACAGUGGCGCUCUGCCCCUCAAGGACCCCGUGGUGGACUGCGCGUCUCCGGUUUACCAGGCGGUGAUCCGGCCAGGAGAGAACCAGGAGAUGUCUGACUGGGCCCGUCGUGCUGCCACCCUGCAGUCCAAGAGCUUCAGGAUGCUGGCCCACAUCACUGGCACUGAAUACCUGCAAGACCCAGAUGAGGAAGCUCUGCAGAGGUCGAGAGAUAAGUUUGAGUCGGAGGUGAAAGGGCCCCGCUUUGCCAAGCUGAAGAACUGGCACCAAGGACUGUCUUCACAGAUCCUCAACGUCCAGGAAUAG